CAGGAGGCUGCGCUAAAAGAGGAACGUCAGCUAUUUGGCAUCAUGAGGUACCGGAGAAGAAAGAAAAAAUAAGUCUAGUCAACCGCCCACUGCCAGAGACUGGGGGGGAUGUUAACACCAUCCUGGAUUUACAACCAUUGCAAGGAUUUUUGAGCACAAAGAAGACAUUUCUGGUGGGAUUUCUAGCAGUCAUACAGGAGAAGGCUAUCAUCCGGAAAGCUUGACGGCCAACUGAAGUUUAAGCCCACAUGAUUCAACGCCAGUUUUACCUGAGUGGCUGAAGACUCAAGGAACAAACGAUGGAUCCAAACUUGUUUGGAGGAGCCCCCAGGUUUCUCACUCGUCCAAAGGCAUUUGCGGUGUGUGUGGGCAAAGAUGCCACACUCAGCUGCACUAUUGUGGGCACUCCAACCCCGCUGAUCACUUGGGAGAAGGAAAAGCUGAAGCUGACAUCUGGGGGCCGCUUCAAGACCGUGGAGGAUGGAGAUGUGUACCGCUUGACCAUCUAUGACUUAACACUGGAGGAUAGUGGACAGUACAUGUGCCGGGCCAAGAACAGUGUUGGGGAAGCUUAUGCUGCUGUAACCCUAAAAGUGGCGCUGCCAACAGAGAUGGCUCAGAGGGCCCCCGUUUUCUUGGUAAAGCCUACAUCUGCACGUGUAGGUUUGGGAGGCGAUGUUGUUUUCCACUGCCGGGUUGUAGCUUACCCUGAGGCCAACUUUGACUGGGAAAAGGAUGGGCGCUACCUGGGGGAGACAAACCGCAUCAAGAUUGUUUCUGACAGCGACAGCAGCACCUUAAAGAUCCAAAGUGUGCGUAACCUGGACAGCGGUACCUACACCUGCAGGGCCCAGAACACUGUUGGCCGAGCACACACUGCAGCAGCUCUUGUUGUAGAUGCGCAGGACUCCCGCCACCUGACUGCAGAUAAGAAUACCUCCCUCCUCUCUCACUUACAAAAGCGCAAAGAGGAAAUGAAGAAGGACAUUUCCAUCUAUCGCACUGAAGAAAGCUCCUCAGUUUCUUCGUCCAAAACCACCAUCACAGAUGGUUUCAGUUCUCUGAGUCUGGAACAUGAGCUGCGGGCAUCUGCACUGGCAAAGCUGCCCAAAGGUGUGUUCACCCGUACCUGCACUGUGACUGAGGGCAAACACGCCAAACUCAGCUGCCUUGUGACGGGUCACCCUAAACCCCACAUUAUUUGGAGAAGGGAUGGAUCGAACAUCAGUGAGGGCCGUAGGCAUGUCAUUUAUGAGGACCAGGCUGAGAACUUCAUCCUCAAGAUCCUGUUCUGCAAGCAGAGUGAUAAUGGUCUCUACACCUGCAAUGCAACCAAUAUGGCCGGGCAGACCUACAGUGCUGUAUUGGUAACAGUCAAAGAGCCUAACGUGCCGUUCAGGAGGAAGCUGCAGGAUGUGGAGGUCCAAGAGAAAACGGCGGCCACAUUGAUGUGUGAGGUGCCUCUCAGUGCCACCCAUGCCAACUGGUUCAUGGAGGAAACAAGGCUGGAGCAAAGCACCAAAUAUCGCAUGGAGGAGGAGGGCACCCUGCGACGUCUCACCAUUCACAAUGUCACCACAAAUGAUGAUGGUGUUUACAUCUGUGAGAUGAAAGAGGGUAGUCGCACUGUGGCUGAGCUCACUGUCCUGGGCAACAUUACCAAGAAGCUUCCACGGAGGACAGUAGUUCCUGUCAGUGACACUGUCAUCUUCUGUGUGGAGCUGGAGCAUCCCUGCCCAGAUGUCUAUUGGACCCGCAAUGGGGAGAAGCUGAAGGAAGAUUCCCGUAUUUCCAUUGCCUGCGUGCUAAGACAGUACACACUCACCAUUAGAGAUUGCCAGGCAGAUGACUCAGGAGAAGUGGCCUUUGUGGCUGGAGACUGCAAAACCUCCACUCGAUUCUCUGUCACUGCUGCAAGGAAGCAUCCUCCUGAUCCCCCAGUCGAUGCUGUGGUCCAGAACAAGACUGACUCAUCCAUCACCAUUCAGUGGUCUCCUCCUGACAGCGAUCGCCCUGUGCCCAUCAAGGGUUACCAUGUGGAGAGGAGGAAGGUUGGCACUCAGACAUGGCAGAGGUGCAAUGCUGGAGAAACCAUUGUUUCAACAGAGAUUACCAUCAGAAACUUCACUGAAGAAGCCAGCUACCAGUUCCGUAUCUCUGCUACGAAUGACUUUGGCCAGAGUCCCUACCUGGAGGUGCCUGGAAGCUUCUACCUUGAGCCCACUGCAGAAAUCAGGAAAGGCCUGAUGAACAGCAGUGCAAUAUCUGGCGAGGAGUUCUCUCUCUCUGUGGAGCUUUCUGCUGUUUGUUCUGGCUUCUGGUCUCUGAGUGGACGCCUCCUCCGCAGCGGAGCUGACUACCUCAUCACCAGGUCCAAGAACACACACACACUGCUCAUCCGUGUCGUGACCAUGGAAAUGAACGGAGCUGAAGUCAAGUUUGUGGGUGGAGGCUCACAAAGCAGUUGCAUCCUAUCUGUGAAGGUCCCCGCUGUUAGGUUCACUAACAAGUCAGGUCAGAUGGAGGUGGUGACCUGCAGUGCCCAAGCCAGUGCUCAGCUGACUGCUGAGGUGUCGGAUUACGAUGCACAGGUGGUUUGGAUGAAGAAUGGGCGGGAGGUGAAAAUGGGCAAGAAGUAUGAAUAUGUCAUCACUGACCGCAAGAGGAUCCUGAUGGUACACAAUGUUACAGAGGAAGAUGUGGGCAUCUACGAGUGUGUUUUAGCUGAUGACAAGAUGUCCCUGCAACUCACUCUUAAAGAUGAACCUGCCAAGUUUCUGAACAAGGCCAGAGGUCCCAUGGGACUAUCAUCGUCCCUUAAAGGAGAUCUUGAGCUCAGCUGUGAGGUAUCCCCUGCUAGCGCGGCCGUUGUGUGGAGAAAAGAUCAGGUUGAGAUCACUGAGGACCAAAGAACUAACAUCAUCUCCAAAGGGACUCAAAGGAAACUAGUCAUCAAGAAUGCCAAGAAAAGUGAUGAAGGACAUUACUCCUGUGAGACGGCAGCAGACAAAAUCACAUUCCAUGUCAAGAUAAAAGAAAGUCAAACUCAAGCCCAAGCUGCCUUCUCCCACAAGGAGUCAGUCCAGAAGGAGGUGAAAGCCACUCUGUCCCAGAAAGCAACUCUUAGUUGUAAUGUGUCUGAUAGCAAGACAGAGGUGAAAUGGUAUAAAGAUGGCAAGCUGUUGGUAUCCAGUAGGACCAUAUACUCAGAAGCAAAAGGCAGUUCUCGCCAGCUGGUGAUUGAAAAGGUGGAGAAGAGUGAUGCUGGAGAAUAUACUUGUGAAGCUGGAGGGGAUAAGCUGGUCUUCAAGAUAUCUGUGUCAGAGGCUCUGUCAGCUUUCUUCAACAAGGAGUCAGUCCAGAAGGAGGUGAAAGCCACUCUCUCCCAGAAAGCCAUUUUAAGCUGUGAGGUAGCUGAUACCAAGACAGAGGUGAAAUGGUACAAGGAUGGCAAACUGUUGACUUCCAGUAAGACAAUCCAUGCAGAGUCAAAGGCCAAGAGUCGGCAGCUGGUGAUCAACAGCGUGGAGAAGAGGGAUGCUGGAGAGUACAUCUGUGAGGCUGGGACUGAGAAGUUGGCCUUUAAGAUACAGGUGGCAGAGCCCCAGUCAGCUUUCUUCAACAAGGAGUCGGUUCAAAAGGAGGUGAAAGCCACUCUCUCCCAGAAAGCCACUCUGAGCUGUGAGGUUUCUGAUUCUAAGACUGAGGUGAAAUGGUACAAGGAUGGCAAGCUGCUGACUUCCAGCAAGACAAUCCAUGCAGAGUCGAAGGGCAAAAGUCGCCAGCUGGUGAUUGACAUUCUGGAGAAGAAGGAUGCCGGGGAGUACAUCUGUGAGGCUGGGUCUGAGAAGUUGGUCUUUAAACUCCAUGUGGCAGACACACAUGUCCAGUCUGCAUUCUCUAAUAAGGAGUCAGUCCAGAAGGAGGUGAAAGCCACUCUCUCCCAGAAAGCUACUCUGAGCUGUGAGGUAGCUGAUACCAAGACAGAGGUGAAAUGGUUCAAGGAUGGCAAGCUGCUGACUUCCAGCAAGACAAUCCAUGCAGAGUCAAAGGCCAAGAGUCGCCAGCUGGUGAUCGACAGCGUUGAGAAGAAGGAUGCUGGAGAGUACAUCUGUGAGGCUGGGACUGAGAAGUUGGCCUUUAAAGUACAUGUGGAAGAAAUCCGGGCUAAAUCUGCUUUCCUCAACAAGGAGUCAGUCCAAAAGGAAGUGAAAGCCACUCUUUCCCAGAAAGCCACUCUGAGCUGUGAGGUAGCUGAUAACAAGACAGAGGUGAAAUGGUACAAAGAUGGCAAGCUGCUGAGUCCCAGCAGAACAGUUCACUCGGAAUCAAAGGGCAAGACUCGUCAACUCGUGAUGGACGGCAUAGAGAAAAAAGAUGCAGGGGAGUACAUCUGUGAAGUCGGAACAGAAAAACUGGCAUUUAAAGUACUAGUGACAGAGAUUCAGCUGAAGUCGGCCUUCUCUAACAAGGAGUCUAUCCAAAAGGAGGUGAAAGCCACUCUCUCCCAGAAAGCCAUUUUAAGCUGUGAGGUAGCUGAUACCAAGACAGAGGUGAAAUGGUACAAGGAUGGCAAACUGUUGACUUCCAGUAAGACAAUCCAUGCAGAGUCAAAGGCCAAGAGUCGGCAGCUGGUGAUAGACAGUGUGGAGAAGAAGGAUGCUGGAGAGUACAUCUGUGAGGCUGGGACUGAGAAGUUGACCUUCAAGAUACAGGUGGCAGAAACCCUAGCUGGCUUCUCGAAUAAGGAGUCAGUCCAGAAGGAGGUGAAAGCCACUCUCUCUCAGAAAGCCACUUUGAGCUGUGAGGUUUCUGAUUCCAAGACAGAUGUGAAAUGGUACAAGGAUGGCAAACUGCUGACUUCCAGCAAAGCAGUUCACAUGGAGUCAAAGGGCAAGAGUCGUGAGUUGGUGAUUGAAAAAAUGGAGAAAAAAGAUGCUGGAGAAUACACCUGUGAGGCUGGAACAGAGAAGCUGGUAUUUAAGCUGCAAAUGACAGAAGCAGCUGUCAAGUUCCAGAAGAAGUCCGUCAAGGACACAUAUACUGUUCAAGCAAGUGAAAACAUUGUUUUGACCAUUUUGCUGACCACAGAGAGUGGUAGUGUGAAGUGGUUUAGAGAUGGUGUGGAGGUCAAGGAGAGCAGCAAGUAUGAAAUGAAAAAAGAUAGCCGUUCUCGUACCCUGAUAGUAAAAUCCACCGAAGCCAAAGACAGUGGAAUAUACUCCUGUCAAACUGCUAAUGACAAACUGGAGUUCAAAGUUCAGGUUAAAGAAUUAGCUUUGAAGUUUGUUGUACCCUUGAAAUCUGUUGAUGUGGAGUUGGGAGGUACAAUUAGCCUGAUGUGUGAACUAAAUCAAGCCUCAGGGGAUGUUGUCUGGCACCAUGAUGGUCGUGAGAUUAAACCUGGAGGCAGGUUCUGUGUCAGGACAGAUGGUGCUAAGCGGGUUCUCACUGUGACUGGCAUGUCUAAGGAAGAUGAAGGAGAAUACAGCUGUGAAUGUCGAAAUGAUAAGACCUCUGCUAAAGUUUCCUCCAAAGCACCCAGACUAGUGAGGCUGACCACCAAACUCAACAAUGUGGUUGCAAUGGAGGGAAAAGACGCAAUUUUCAAGUGCGCUGCCACCCCAGCAGAUGUCAGCAUUAAGUGGUUCCACAACAAUAUACCCAUCACUGCUGGGCCUAAGUAUAAGAUUGAGCAUGGCGGCAACACUCACUCACUCACCAUCAGUGCUGUCACCCAAAAAGAUGCUGGAGAGAUUAGUGUUGAUGCAGAAGGCAAAAGCUGCAAAGCUACCUUACAAGUGCAACAUGAGCCAGUGACAUUCAAGAAAAAGCUAGAAAACCUGACAGUGGAGGAGCAGAGUGAAGUGAAGCUGGAGGUGGAGCUCAGUAAGGCAUCCGAUGAAGUCAGGUGGAUGAAGAACAGCGUAGUGCUGCAGCCUGCGGGAAACCUGGAGAUUCGGGUAGAUGGAGUCAAGCAGACUCUGGUCUUCAGGAGUGUGACCCAUGCUGACCGUGGGAUCUACUCCUGUGAAACUCUGGAUGACAAGACCCAGGCCAAACUCAGCGUUGAGAUGAAGAAGAUCCAGGUAAUUAAGGGCCUAACAGAAACCAAGGCACAUGAGACAGAGACAGUAACACUUGAGGUAGAACUCAGCCAGGCUGAUGUCGAAGGCUCCUGGACCAGGGAUGGAGCCAAGUUAAAGUCAGGGGCGACCUGUCGUAUCACAGCCCUGGCAAAGAAGCACGCCCUUACAUUGUCCAAUCUCAAGAGGGAGGAUGCAGGAACUAUUGCAUUCCAGGCAGAUGGUGUCCAUACUUCUGGCAAACUGAUUGUCACAGAACCGCCUGCUAUGAUCUCCAAGCCCAUUAUGGAUGUCAGUGUUCCUGAGAAGGAGAAGGUUACUUUUGAAUGUGAAGUGUCCAGAACAAAUGCAGAUGUUAAAUGGUUCAAGAAUGAUGUGGAACUGAAACCAGGGAAAAACUUUAGCAUCCAUUCCUUGGGCCGAAAGCGCACUUUGGUCAUCAGCAAGUGCACCCCUGACGAUACAGGCACUUACAUCUGCCGCACUACUGAUGAUAACACCUCUGCCAAGCUCACUGUUCAUGCCAGAGAUAUCAAGAUCAUUAAGAAACUGGAAGAUGUGGAGGUGAUGGAGAAGGAAAGUGCUACAUUUGUCUGUGAAAUCUCACAUGAUGAAGUGGACUGUCAGUGGUACAAAGGAAGUACUAAACUCAAAGUCGUUGGCAAUAUCAAGAUGAGACAAGAGGGCCGAACAUAUGUACUGCUGUUUAAGUCCGUUUCCCCAGAGGAUAUGGGCGAGAUUAAAUUCACAGCUGAGAAGGCCUCUUCAACUGCAAAACUAAAAGUGAAAGAGCUGCCUGUCAAGUUUGUGAAGAGACUCAGGGAUAAGAUAGCGAUGUAUAAGCAUCGUGGUCAUCUUGAAUGCCAAGUGUCACGUGCCAGUGCGAUGGUGAAGUGGUACAAGAACAAGAUGGAGAUCAAACCCAGCAAGAAGUACGAGAUCAAAAGUGAGGAUGUGUACCGAAAACUCACCAUCAAUGAGGUCGAGUCCGGGGACGAAGACACAUAUACCUGUGACGCCUCUGAUGACAAGACAUCCUGUAAACUGCUUGUAGAAGAGCAGUCCAUCAGCAUUGUGCGGGAGCUUAGUUCAGUAGAAGUGACAGAACCCUUUGCAGCUGUUUUUGAAGUUGAAAUCAGUAUGGAACUGGUGAAACCUCCUGUAUGGACUCUCAAUGGAGUUGCUGUGCAGGAGAGUGCUGAUGCUGAAAUGGAAAAAGAGGGCACUAUGCACCGUCUCACUUUCAAAAAGACCAAAGAAUCGAUGACAGGACCUGUGCAGUUUACAGCUGGGAAGAGCAAAUCUCUUGCCCAGCUCACAGUCAAAGAGCGUCCGCUUGAGAUUGCAGAGCCCAUGAAAGAUGUGAAGGCGAAGGAGAAAAGCUCAGCCAUACUCUCGUGCAAGUUCUCCGCAUCACCCAAAGACGUUAAAUGGUUUAAAGGACAGGAACCUCUGGCAGCAUCAGACAAGUAUAACAUGAAGCAAGACGCUACGAGGGCUCAACUUACCAUUCAAAAGUUAACUGGGGAGGACAGCGGAGAGUACCGCUGUCAAUCUGGACCUGCUGAGACCAAAGGCACACUUACUGUUGAAGUGCGUGAAAUUAAAUUCACCAAGCAUUUGGCUGACACGGAGGUUGAUGAAGAUAGUGAUGCAGUGUUCACAUGUGAGAUAAACUAUGCAGACGAAGAGGCACAGUGGCUUCUGAAUGACAAGGUGCUCUUCACUAAUGAAGUCAACACCAUCACUCAUGAGGGGAAGGUUCACAAGCUCAUGCUGAAGAACUUGGCACCUAAGGAUGGGGGGACUAUCACCUUUCAAGUACGCAAGGUGAAAGAGUCUGUUACGCUUAAAGUUAAAGAGAAGCGUGCUGUGUUCCUCAAGUCUUUAGAUGAUGUCAUUGGAGAGGAGAAAGGCAUGAUAACUUUGGCGUGUGAGGCGUCUAAGCCCAGGGUUACUCCCGCUUGGAGGAAAGAAGGUAAAGUCUUGAAGGCUGGACCAAAGUAUGAGCUCCUUCACACAGGCAAGUCUUUGGGACUGAUCAUCAAGGACGUCACCAAAGACGAUGCUGGGGAGUACAGUUGUGAUCUUGGAACUGAGGUUUCAAAAGCAAAGGUCACUGUGAGAGAGAUCGGCAUUGGAAUUACCAAAUGGCUGAAGUCAGCUGAGGUGAAUGAGGGAGAGACAUGCAGCUUUGAGUGCAUCCUGUCCCGUGAGAGCACAGAUGAGUGCUCAUGGACUGUUAAUGGCCAAACCAUUUCAAAAGGAGGCCGUUUUGAAGUCACCAGCAAAGGCCGCAAGUACAUACUAACCAUUAAGGAUGUCACACCUGCUGAUGCUGGUGAGGUAGUCUUCAACAUUAAAGACCUGAGCUCUAAAGCAACAUUAACAGUUGAAGGCAAAGCUUCAUCUGUGUCCAAAGCACUGCAGAACGUUAGUGCUGUUCAAGGGGAGGAUGCAGUAUUUACCUGUGAGGUGACACAGGCUAGUUCCACUGUAAAGUGGGCCAAGGAAGGCAAAGCCAUCAGAAAGAGCCAGAGGUAUGACAUCAGCCAAGAGGAUAAGGUCAUGAAGCUCAUCAUCCAUAAUGUCUCUGCUCAAGACUCUGGAGAGUACAGCUGUGAAGUUGUUGGAGGUGCAACCACCAAAGCCCAACUUGAAAUAAAGGAGCCAGUCCAUAACUUCACUGAAGCACUGAAGGACAGCCAAGCAGAUGAGAAGAGCUCUGUGACCCUGCAGUGUGCAACGGCUCAAACCCCAUCCACCGUGAUAUGGCUGAAAGGUCACACAGAGCUCAAGGCUGGAGGUCGAUAUGAGAUGUCCCAGAAAGAGAGGGUGUUAACUCUCACCAUCAAACACUUGGAGGAGAAAGACACUGAUAUCUACACUUGUGACGUGGGCACUGCUAAGACCAUAGCAAAGGUGACAAUUAAAGCCCUGCCAGCCAGUUUCAAAGAAAAACUCAAGAACCAGGAUAGAAAAGAAGGGGAGAGUGUGACACUGUCUUGCGCGUUAUCAAAACCUGCGGCUAACGUUCAGUGGAAGAAAGGCUCUGAAAUCCUCGAAGGUGGAGAGAAGUAUGAGAUGAAGCAGAAGGACACCUGUUUGGAACUUCAAAUUAAGGAUUUGAAGGUUGAAGAUAGUGGAGAUUACUCUUGUGUCUGUGGAGACCAGAAGACAUCUGCAACUGUGAAAGUCAAUGCAUUACCGCCGACCUUCACACAGAAGCUGAAGAGCCAGGAGGCCGAUGAGGGAGUCAGCGUUACUCUGCAGUGUGAGCUCUCUAAACCUGGAGUCCCAGUGGAGUGGAAGAAGGGAACACAGGUCCUGAAGUCUGGAGAAAAAUACCAGAUGAAGCAGAAAGCCUCUGUGAAUGAACUCCUGAUCAACAAGGUGGUGCCAGAAGACAGUGGAGACUACAGCUGUGUGUGUGGAGAUCAGAAGACCACAGCCAGCCUCAAGAUCAAGGCCCAACCAGUGACCUUCAAACACAAGUUGGAGAGUCAGGAAGCCGAGGAAGGCGCCGGCGUUACUCUGGAGUGUGAGCUCUCUAAACCCGGAGUGCCAGUGGAGUGGAAGAAGGGAACACAGGUCCUGAAGUCUGGAGAAAAAUACCAGAUGAAGCAGAAAGCCUCUGUGAAUGAACUCCUGAUCAACAAGGUGGUGCCAGAAGACAGUGGAGACUACAGCUGUGUGUGUGGAGAGCAGAAGACCACAGCCAGCCUCAAGAUCAAUGCCCAACCAGUGACCUUCAAACACAACUUGAAGAGCCAGGAGGCCGAUGAGGGAGUCAGCGUUACUCUGCAGUGUGAGCUCUCUAAACCUGGAGUCCCAGUGGAGUGGAAGAAGGGAACACAGGUCCUGAAGUCUGGAGAAAAAUACCAGAUGAAGCAGAAAGCCUCUGUGAAUGAACUCCUGAUCAACAAGGUGGUGCCAGAAGACAGUGGAGACUACAGCUGUGUGUGUGGAGAUCAGAAGACCACAGCCAGCCUCAAGAUCAAGGCCCAACCAGUGACCUUCAAACACAAGUUGGAGAGUCAGGAAGCCGAGGAAGGCGCCGGCGUUACUCUGGAGUGUGAGCUCUCUAAACCCGGAGUGCCAGUGGAGUGGAAGAAGGGAACACAGGUCCUGAAGUCUGGAGAAAAAUACCAGAUGAAGCAGAAAGCCUCUGUGAAUGAACUCCUGAUCAACAAGGUGGUGCCAGAAGACAGUGGAGACUACAGCUGUGUGUGUGGAGAGCAGAAGACCACAGCCAGCCUCAAGAUCAAUGCCCAACCAGUGACCUUCAAACACAACUUGGACAGUCAGGAAGCCGAGGAAGGCGCCGGCGUUACUCUGCAGUGUGAGCUCUCUAAACCUGGAGUCCCAGUGGAGUGGAAGAAGGGAACACAGGUCCUGAACUCUGGAGAAAAAUACCAGAUGAAGCAGAAAGCCUCUGUGAAUGAACUCCUGAUCAACAAGGUGGUUCCAGAAGACAGUGGAGACUACAGCUGUGUGUGUGGAGACCAGAAGACCACAGCCAGCCUCAAGAUCAAGGCCCAACCAGUGACCUUCAAACACAAGUUGGAGAGUCAGGAAGCCGAGGAGGGAGCCGGCGUUACUCUGCAGUGUGAGCUCUCUAAACCUGGAGUCCCAGUGGAGUGGAAGAAGGGAACACAGGUCCUGAAGUCUGGAGAAAAAUACCAGAUGAAGCAGAAAGCCUCUGUGAAUGAACUCCUGAUCAACAAGGUGGUGCCAGAAGACAGUGGAGACUACAGCUGUGUGUGUGGAGAGCAGAAGACCACAGCCAGCCUCAAGAUCAAUGCCCAACCAGUGACCUUCAAACACAAGUUGGAGAGUCAGGAAGCCGAGGAAGGCGCCGGCGUUACUCUGCAGUGUGAGCUCUCUAAACCCGGAGUCCCAGUGGAGUGGAAGAAGGGAACACAGGUCCUGAAGUCUGGAGAAAAAUACCAGAUGAAGCAGAAAGCCUCUGUGAAUGAACUCCUGAUCAACAAGGUGGAGCCAGAAGACAGCGGAGACUACAGCUGUGUGUGUGGAGACCAGAAGACCACAGCCAGCCUCAAGAUCAAGGCCCAACCAGUUACCUUCAAACAGAAGUUGGAGAGUCAGGAAGCCGAGGAAGGCGCCGGCGUUACUCUGCAGUGUGAGCUCUCUAAACCUGGAGUCCCAGUGGAGUGGAAGAAGGGAACACAGGUCCUGAACUCUGGAGAAAAAUACCAGAUGAAGCAGAAAGCCUCUGUGAAUGAACUCCUGAUCAACAAGGUGGUGCCAGAAGACAGUGGAGACUACAGCUGUGUGUGUGGAGAUCAGAAGACCACAGCCAGCCUCAAGAUCAAUGCUGCCCCAGUCAUAUUUACAAAAGAGCUGGAAAGCCUAGCGGCUAACGAGGGGGACAGUGUCACCCUGCACUGUGAGCUCUCCAAAGCUUGUGUUCCUCUGGAGUGGAGGAAAGGAGAACUUGGUCUUUGUCCUUGUGCCAAGUAUGAAAUUAGAGAGACUGGAAAAGUCGCCCAACUAGUAAUCCAUAAUGUAGAACCAGAGGAUUCUGGGAGUUACACAUGUGACACUGGUGACCAUCAAAGCACUGCACAACUAGCUGUGAAGGCCCAGCCUGUCCUUUUCAAAACCCAGCUGCAGAACCUUGAAAGACAGGCAGGGGAGACUGCUAGUCUUCGCUGUGAGACCACAAAACCAGGAGCCAGCGUCGUCUGGAGGUGUGGUGACAGUGUGCUUGAAUCCAGCAGCAAGUAUCAACUGAAACAGGAAGGGACUGUAGUCGAGCUUGUCAUCUACAAACUGCAGGCAGCUGACUCAGGAGAAUACUCCUGUGAUACUGGCAGCCAGAGGACUUCAGCUGUCCUCACUGUGCAGGAGGUCGAGGUGAACAUACUGAAAUUCUUGGAGAGCUGCGUUGUGUACGAGGGUGAAGAUGUCCGCUUUGAGUGUCUGGUUUCUCAUGAGGAGGCACCUCUGGCCCAGUGGAAACUCCAGGACGUCCCACUGCAGAAUAAUGAAAUGAAUCUAAUCAAGACUGAGGGUCAAGUGCACAGCCUCACACUCAGAGGCGUCACCACAGCUGACUCAGGAACAGUCACUUUCACAGUGGGAAACCACACUUCCACUGCUUCUCUAACAGUCAGAGCUGCACCAGUGUUAUUCAAGAAGGAGCUGGAAAGCCAAGAGGCCACCGAAGGAGGCAAAGCCACCCUGUCCUGCGAGACAUCCAGCCCUGACUGCAAGGUGACCUGGCGGAAGGGCUCAACUGUGCUCACCCAUGGCGAGAAGUACACCAUGGAGCAGAGAGCUACCACUCACACCCUGGUUAUACACAAGCUGAAUGUGGAGGAUAGUGGAGAAUAUAGCAGUGAUACAGGCGACAAGAGAAGCACUGCUACACUGACUGUGAAAGAGCGUGUGCGCAUCAUCCGAGAACUCUGCGAUAUCACUGUGACCACUGGGCAGGAUGCCGUCUUUGAGGUUGAGCUGUCACAGUCAGGCGUCAUAAACGGGGAGUGGUGGCUUGGAGACAACCUUCUCCAGAAUAAUGAUCUGAAUCAAAUGAGCAGCCAGGGCAGAGUGCACCGUUUGGUCCUGAAGAUGGUCACCACAGAUGAAUCAGGAGACGUUGCCUUUGUAGUGGGAGAAGAGAGGAGUGUUGUGUGUCUGCUGGUGGAGGAGAAACCCAAAGUGCUAAUAUUAGAGAAGCCACAAAACACUGUGGCGUUAGAAGAUGAAACUGUCUCGCUGGCCUGCACCAUCUCUGAACCCAAGGCCACUGUCACCUGGAUCAGAAACAACGUGGCCAUCCAAGCAGGUGUCAAGUAUGACCUGAGGAAGAAUGGAGCAUUCCAUGAGCUUCGUAUCUACAAUGUGGUGCCUGAGGACUCAGGAACGUACACCUGUGACACUGGAGAUGCACAGUGUGACGUCACCUUGACUGUGGAAGGUGCUCCAGUGUUCUUCCAGAAAGAGCUAAAGAACCAAGACGCAAUAGAGGGUGAUGAUAUCACCCUGUGCUGUGAGCUGUCUAAGCCAAGUGUUCGUGUUGAGUGGAGGAAAGGAGGCAUGGUCCUCCAGGCCGGUAAGAAGUAUGAGAUGAGGCAGGAAAGGUGCAUUCAAGAGCUGUGUAUACGCAACCUGGAGCCUGAGGACAGUGGCUACUACACCUGUGACGCAGGAGACCAGCUCACUACAGCUUCUUUGGCAGUGCAAGUGAAAGAAGUCUUCAUUGUUUCUGGUCUUAAGACCAUCGACGUCUUUGUUGGGGAAUGGGCAACCUUCUCCUGUCAGCUGUCUGGUAGGACACCUGGCAAUGUGCAGUGGUGGCUGGAUGGUACCUUGCUGGAGAACAGCCCUUUUAGUGAGAUAGGGCUGAGCCAGAGCCACAUCUACACACUCACCUUAAAGAACCUGGCUACAGAUGACUCUGGCACUGUCACGUUCAAAGCUGGAAGUUUAACAUCAACUGCCAAGCUCUUAGUCAAAGAUCCCACAGUUGAAGUGGUGAGCGAGAUGGAGGACCUUCGGGUGGUCGAAAACCAACCGGCUGAGUUCAUCUGCCAGUACUCAAGGCCAGUCAAGGCUCAAUGGAAGAAAGACGGGCAGCCAUUGCAGCCUGAUGGUCGAAGGGUGGUAGUGGAGCAGGACUGGAAUGUGGCUCGGUUGUACAUUAGCUGUGUGUCCGCUGAGGACAGGGGCACAUACUCCUGUGAGGCACAGGGGACCUGUGUGGUUGCUUCACUUCAUGUGGAAGGCAAGCCCAUUAACAUUGUUCAGGGCCUGGAGAAUAUGGAAACCUUUGAUGGAGGUGAAGCACUGUUUGAGUGUGCCCUCUCUCGUCCUGAGAACAAAGAUUGCAGCUGGCUUCUUGAUGGCAAACCAGUGAAGGAAUCUCCUAAUGCUGAGAUUGUUUCAUUUGAGAGUGGUCUUCGUCAUCUGCUCCUGCUGAAAGAGUUGCGUGUUAAAGACAGUUGCACAGUGACCUUCAAAGCUGGCACAGCAUCCUCAUCUGCCCAACUCUCUGUCAAGGGAUGGCAGCUGGAUGUUGUGAAGGGUCUGGAAGACAAAGUGGCUGCAGUGGGAGAGAAGGUUGAGUUUUGUGUUCAGCUGACUGAGCCUGUCCCUGUGGCAGAAAUAGCUUGGUAUGCUAAUGGAGUUGAGCUCAAGCCCAGCGAUCUCUGGGCUAUGCGGGCUGAUGGCUGUUCUUAUCGCCUCGUCCUGAGACAGGCACCACUUUUGCCCCAACAGGAAAUUACAUUUGCUGCUAGAGAUGCUCUCUCUUUGGCCAAGCUCUCCAUCAUCACUGUACCUGAUCCCCCAGAGGACGCAGAGGUCCUCAGUAAGACGGAACAGUCCGUUUCCCUUUCGUGGUUCACUCCACUACAUGAUGGAGGGAGUCCCAUUCUGGGCUACAGGGUGGAGAUGCGGCUGGUAGACAGUGCCCUCUGGCUUCCAUGUCAUUCUGAACCUGUGUGUAACACAGAGUUUGUGGUUGAAAAUCUUACCCCAGGAAGCGGCUACAGGUUUAGAGUGGCAGCCAUCAACAGAGCAGGGACUGGAGAGCCUGUUGAGCUGCCCCAGACUGUACAGCUUGAGGCACCUGUGCAGUCACUAAUUUGCCAAGGUACAGAGGCAAAACAGGGGGAGGAACUGGGGCAGCCCAGUCUGCCUCCAGAGGCUGCUGAUGAAGGUGAUGUCCAUGAGCUCUGGGAGGCUUCAGCUAAGAAACGGCGCAUGAGUCGAGAGCCCACUCUGGACUCCAUCACUGAACAACCUGAGGAGGAUGGUAAAAACAAAUCAAGAGAGAAGGAGCUGAAGUCCUCAGAGAAAGCAGAAAUAAAAUCAGAAGAGAAGGAGCAGGCCAUUGUGUCUAAGAAGCAGACCAAUUUGUGCAUCAGCUCUGAGGACGAAUCUGUUUCUGGGGGUCAGACGCUUGUGUCCUACCUCAAGAAGAGCAGUAAAUCUACCGUCACAGAGGCCAGUGAAACGGAGACCCUAUCCACUGAGAGGUUCUUCGCACAUUUCCAGAUGACAGAGCAGAAAACAGUGCAGCAAACUGAAGUGAAAACAACCACAACUCAGAAGACAGAUAAAACACAGGUGUCUACAGAGGAGACUGACAUAGUGGAAAUCAGUAAAGAAGAUGAGCCUGAGCUCAGAGAUGCUGCGAUUAAGAUUCAAGCUGCGUUCAAGGGCUACAAGGCCCGCAAGGACAUGCGUCCUGUCUUCAAAGAUGUCUUCAAAGACCAGACCAAAGAACCUAAUGGCACCAUACAUCUGGAAUGUGUGGCAGAAGGGAAACCUGAUAAGGUGCGCUGGCUGAAGGAUGGAGAACCACUGACAGAUGGCAAGCACCACCAUAUCGAUAUCUACAAUGAUGGUACUUGCUCACUGGUCAUCACCGCCAUCAACACAAAGGAUACCGGGGUUUACACUUGUGAGGUCACCAACAAGUUUGGAGUUACUUCUCACAGUGGUAAGGUGACAGUAGGAACAGUGAGAGAAUCGUCAGGGCGACGGCCAUUGACGGUGGGCUACAGUGCAGACAGUGAGCCCGAGAGCUCCUCAGGUAGUGAGAUGGAUGAGUCACUGAGAAUGGCAAGCAGACGUCUCCGGCGCCUGUUGCGCACACGUCUCCCACCAGAUGUUGCGGAAGAACCAUUCGUCAGCGCAGAUGAAGGAGACCUGCCCCCCCCAGAUCCUCACUCUUAUCGUGAGGAUGACAGUUACAUCUACAUUCGCUUUGAGUCACGGACAGAGGCUGAAGUUGCCUCUAAGAGGUUCCAGGAGAUGUUUACAAUUCAUGGCGUUCCUGUAGAGACUGCCAUCCUUGAGGCAGGGCUUCACAAAGUUGAGCUGCGAAUUAGAAAGAUGGGCUACAUACAGGAUGGCACACAGACCCCCACACAAGAUAGACAGCCUCCUGCAUUCAUGACGGGAGCCCCAGCUGCCCCAGUCUUCUUGACAGAGCUGCAGAGCCAGGACGUUCCAGAUGGCUAUCCAGUCAGCUUUGACUGUGUUGUGAUUGGCAAGCCCCCUCCAACUGUUCGCUGGUUUAAGGAUGGCAAAUUGCUGGAGGAGAAUGACCAUUACAUGAUCAAUGAAGACCUGGAGGGCUGCCACCAACUGAUCAUUACCACCGUGCUGCCCACUGACAUGGGUGUCUAUCGCUGCACAGCUGAAAACAGCAGCGGCAUCGCAGCCACGAAGGCUGAACUCAGGGUUGACAUGUCUUGCAGCUCAGAUUAUGACACUGCUGCUGAUGCUACUGAGACAUCUUCCUAUGUCAGUGCCAAGGGCUACAUGUCCAGGGAAACUGAGACCUUUGAGUCUGUGGCUGAAGAUGAUCAGCUACCACAAGUUGUGGAGGAGCUUCAUGAUGUUCAUGUUAGUCCAGGUUCCCCUAUUGCUAAAAUGCAAGUCAGAGUAAAGGGCUUCCCCAAACCCAGAGUAUACUGGUUCAAAGACGGCCACCCUCUGCGGCCCUCAGAAAGGAUUCUGUUACUAACCGAGAGAGAUGUUCACGGCUUAGAGAUUCUGGGGGUGAAGAAAGACGAUAUGGGAGAGUACUCUGCUUACAUCAGCAAUGCAGCUGGGUCUGCUUACUCCUCUGCCCGACUGAUAGUUCUGCGCCCAGGGGAGAUUCUGCCACAAGAUAAGAAAGACCCCAAGGAACCCCUUGUGCCACCACGCUUCCUUGAAAGGUUCAGCAACAGGAAGGUGAAACAAGGAGCAAGCAUCACUCUAUCAGUCAAAGUAGAAGGGUCUCCCACUCCUAUGGUCUCCUGGCUAAAGGAGGAAUCACUGGAAGAUGUCCUGUGGAUCAAACCUGAUACCAAGGGAUACAAAAUAGCAAGCUCUGGACGCCAGCACAGCCUCAUCUUGAUGGAUGUGGGCACAGAGUACACUGGUGCCUACACUUGUAUUGCUACAAAUAGAGCAGGACAGUCCAUCUGCACUGCCCACCUCGAGGUGGAUGACACACCACAACCAAAGAAAGAGACCAAACCUUUAGAGGUUCUUGGGAUUACAGUUAGUCCUCCAGAGGAUGAGGCUAGCACUGGAAAAGAGGGUAAAAUACCCUAUCUAGGUGAAGUAGGUACAGAGGAAUUUCUCAUGAAACUCACCUCCCAGAUCACUGAAAUGGUAUCAGCAAAGAUCACCCAGGACAGCGCACAGAAUCACGAAGUGCUCCAGUGGAUGAAAACUUGGCCCAAAACUACCACUUCAUUACGCGUACCUGGUGUUGACAGUGAUGAUGAGACCAAGACUCCUUCUCCAUCACCUCAUCACGGUCGCUCUCGUCCUCCUUCCCUCAUUGCUGACUCCUCCUCAGAGUCUGAUGAGGGGGAUGCCAGGGGAGAGAUGUUUGACAUCUAUGUGGCAACGGCUGACUACAACCCCACUGUCGCAAGCAAAGAAUCUAUCUCUCUGAAGGAAGGACAGUAUGUUGAGGUUUUGGACUCAGCCCAUCCACUCAAAUGGUUAGUCCGGACCAAACCGACCAAAACCACACCAUCCCGCCAAGGCUGGGUCUCACCUGCCUACUUGGACAAGAAACUCAAACUUUCAGCUGAAACGGGUGAUCUUCCAGAGGCAAGUGUAGAAGAGGUGUCAGAGGGUGAAUACAAGAGGAAAUUAUUCCAAAUGUUACAGGACCUGAUAAAUGGUGAAUCAGAGUUUGUAAAGGAGAUAGACUUCUUUACCUCCCAUCACCUGAAGCAUGCAGACAGCUCUGAUGUGCCGCCUGAUGUCAGCACCCAAAAGGAAACCAUUUUCAGGAACAUUGAUGACAUCAAGUCCUUCCAUAGCAAGGCAUUCCUCCCAAAGCUGAACGACUGCGACACGGAUGAUGAUGUAGCCAUGUGCUUCCUGAAGAACAAGGAGGGCUUUGAGAAGUACCUGCAGUAUCUUGUUGGUCAGAGUCAGGCAGAAUCUGCUGUCAGUGACAAGACUGUCCACCACUUCUUCAAGGAGUACACUGAGAAAGCACAGGCUAGUGCAGACCCUGCAGAUCCCCAUGUACGCAGCAUCAAUGCCUACCUCCAACAACCACUGGACAGGAUUCAGAAGUACAAGGCUUUCCUCAAGGAGCUCAUUCGAAACAAGGCGAGAAAUGGUCAGAACUGCUGCCUCCUGGAAGAAGCUUAUGCUAUGGUGUCUGCGCUCCCUCAGCGCUCUGAGAAUACUCACCACGUCUCCAUGAUCGAGAACUAUCCUGCCACACUGGAAGUACUCGGAGAGCCAAUUAGACAGGGACCUUUCCAAGUGUGGGAAGGAGCUCCUGGAAUAAGGACGUCCUCUAGAGGUCACCACCGCCACGUCUUCCUCUUUAAAAACUACUGCAUAAUCUGCAAACCUAAGAGAGACAGCAACACUGAUACACAAACAUAUGUCUUUAAGAACAUGAUGAAGCUGAAUAACAUUGAUGUGAAUGAGACAGUGGAGGGUGAUGACCGUGCCUUUGAAAUCUGGCAUGAACGUGAGGACUCUGUGAGGAAAUACACCUUACAGGCCCGAACCAUCACCAUCAAGAAUUCAUGGUUGAGAGAUUUCAGAGAACUGCAGCAGCGAUACAUCACGCCUGCAUGGAGUCCCCCUGACUUUGAGGAAAUUCUGGCAAACUGCACAGCAGAGCUGGGACAGACUGUUAAGCUCGCCUGCAAAGUCACUGGAGUCCCCAAACCUGUGGUCACGUGGUACAAGGAUGGACGUACAGUGGAGGCAGAUCCUCAUCAUAUCAUCAUCGAGGACCCUGAUGGUUCCUGUACACUGAUCCUGGACAACAUGACAGCAGAUGAUUCUGGCCAGUACAUGUGCUUUGCCACAAGCUCAGCUGGCAAUGCCAGCACUCUUGGAAAGAUCACAGUUCAGGUACCUCCUCGUUUUGUGAAUAAAAUGAGGAAUGCUGUCUAUAUUGCCGGUGAGGAUGCGCAGUUCACCUGUGUCAUUCAGAGCGCCCCAAACCCCAAGAUCAGGUGGUUCAAAGAUGGCAGGCUGCUGACUGACCAGGAAAAGUAUCAGACCUACAGUGAGCUCCGUAGUGGGGUUCUGGUCUUGGUAAUAAAAAACCUGACAGAGAGAGACUUCGGACACUACGAGUGUGAGCUGUCCAACCGUCUGGGCAGUGCCAAGUGUGCUGCUGAUCUAGUCCUACCCUCUGCUGUGGCUCGCACUGGUGAACAGGCCAUCACUAUUGAAGUUACCGAGCAGGAGACUAAAAUACCAAGGAAAACCAUCAUUAUCGAGGAGACUAUAACCACUGUGGUGAAAAACCCUCGUAUGAGGAGGCACAAAUCCCCCGGCUUGACUGUUGCUGGAGCCCACCGCUCUGAGACUUCCACCCCAGAGCCUGCCACCGCCAGGCUCAGGAGGAUGCCCACUCCAAGAAAGACCGCUAUCCCUACUCUCUAUGUCACCGAGCCCGAGGGUGCUGAGGCCAGGGCUAUGGAGAGCAAACCCAGGUGGGUUGAAGUAGAGGAGGUCAUCGAGUACAAGGUCAAUAAAUCUCCCAGGCUGCCCAGGAGGAGAGGCAUCUCACCUGCAGCAUCUGAUCGUGCAGCCACUCCCUCCAGACCCAAAAGGUCUCCACCGGAAAACCCAAACGCUAACAAUUCUAACAACAAGCUAGUGGAGCAGGCUCAGGCCCAGCUGCCUGGAGACGUCAGCAGCCAGCCGCUCUCCUGGGAAGAAGAGGAGGGCAAUGCUCCCUCUGGUUCUGCCACUGUAGAGCCACAUGAGCUCUCAACUGUCCUCACUGCAGCUGGAGAGGACAACGAUGACCUGGAUGAUCAACAAACUGUCAUCUUUGAACCUGAUGAUGAAGAUAAUGAUCAUGAUCUGUUCCGAAAGCAGGAACCUAAGAUCCUGAAACAAGGAGAUCGUGUUUUGACCCUCGAGGACUUGGAGGACUAUGUUCCAGAAGAAGGAGAGACCUAUGGCUCCUCCAACGUUAUCACUGAAAAGCCUUGUGAGAUCUCUGUGCUCCAGAGGGAGAUCGGUGGGUCCACGGUGGGACAGCCUGUGCUCCUGAACGUGGGGCGGCCUGUCGUGGCGCCGAGGCAGAGGAGCAGCUUCUUCAGUCGCUUCAAGGAGCACCUCUCCAGCAGUCUUUUCUCAUCCAAUGUCCCUCAAGCCGGCGGAGCACGGUCCAGUACGGAGAGGAACGUGCCCAUCCAAGUGAGCCACGCGAAGCUCGAAGUGAAGCCUUCCUACUGCUCAGAGGUGCAGAGAGUUGAAGGUGGGCAGCAGAGCUUUAAAACCAAAGUGUCAACUCAGACUUACGGCUACACAUCAGUGGGAAACCCAGUCACUCUUCAAAUUAGAGAUAACCUUUAUCAGAACCAAUAGAAGCAAACAUUUUAAAUUCGGUACCACAAACCCUCUUAGUCUUAAAUGGGGACAUUUCUACUUACAUGAUGAAAAAGAACUUAUCCUAACCUCAAGUAUCUUUUCUGCAUUUGACAGACCAUUCCAUUUUGAAGCUUCCCAUCUGAAAGUGGACUCAUCCUCUGAGUCUUUUUCUUUUUUUGUCAAAUGGUUAGAGUCGCCUGGUCUCUUGAGACUAGGCGAGUUGGAAUGUCACUGUAAGCAGGUUUCAGUCCCACGCCAUCCCGUUACAACUGCUAUAUUGUCAUGUAUAUGUGUUGUACAAUGCACAUGAUAGACAGAAGCUACGAAACUAAGGUUUGACAUUUUACUGACACUUUCAUUGUCUUUUGUUGAGCUGAAUUAAUUUCAUCACAUUUCACUUAUACAUACCUUCACUAAUUCAUGAACCUUGACCCACUAUUAUUAACUGAUCCAGGCAUUAUCUUUAGUGAUCUCUCUUGUCAUAUUCAUAAACAAAAUAGUUAUACAAUAGAUAUUUAGAUAUACAUAUUUUUUCGGUUUUACUUUUGUACCUUUGCAAGAAAUGUUGCCUUUUGCACUUUUGCAGUGCCUUGGAUUGUUGGAUCAGCAAAUGUUGGAGUUAAAGACUAUUGAUGAGGUCAUGACUGCAUGUUUCUAUUUCAGUAUUACUGUAAGUUAACUCGAAUGUGCAGCACUGAUGAUGUAAAACCAACAGAACUUUGGUGACUGUUGGGCUGUUGUCUAAGUUGAAUCAAAGAUGUACGAUCAAAUUAUCGUCAGUUUGGUAAAAUCGGACAGAAGUUCUCUACUACUUUUGUUAUUUGUGAAUGAUUUCUUGGUGAGAAGCUUUUACAAAUGUGACACUGCUUCAAGCAAAUCAUUUGGUAGGUGAACUGAUGACCUGUUUCACAACAGAUCUCUGUGUUUGACUGCAUCUGUUUGCAGAUGUGUCUACAAUUGUGAAUUCAAAGUUAUACUCAAGAGUUUUAGACAUUUUGACAUCUGUUAAUGCAGUGCAACGACCUGUGAACUCACAGGGUGACGCAGGGAUAUUCAUGAGUAUGUGAUAUUUAGAUGAGUGACUGCAUGUAUUUGCUUUUCCAAAGGAGAUGUGUUUAUCCAAAGUAACCUGACCUGUCAUGUCAUAUUUGAUUAUGAGCAAAUGUUUGUGCAAAAUACUUGAGCUCAGAAUUUACUACCUUUUCAAUGCAAUUUAUAAUGUGACUAGAAUAACUGCCUCUUUAGAGAUGUGUGGUGUUGGUGUUGUUUAAAGUUGUUCUAGUUAGCUACAAGGAUCAUGUUAUGUAAUAAUAUCAAAGGCACUAACAGAUUUUAAUUGCUUGUACUUUACAUGUGUAGUUUUUGGAAACAUGAGAUACUCAGUGUUAAACCAGAAUAAAUAAAUGUACUGCAAAUAAUA